AUGUCUCGAUCUGACCUUGAUUGUGGUUUUCCAGUUGCCUCCUUUGUUGCAGUGGCGUAUGAUUGGGUCCUUACGUUCGGACAAGAGGUCGAACUGGUCUGGAGACAACGUUGGUCCCUGAUGACCUUUCUCUAUCUGAGUUUGCGCUUUCUUGGAAUUGUCACUUAUGUCAUUGACAUACUGGGCUGGAUUCUGUACCUCACGUGGACUUGGACGAGUGUUGUAUCAUCUGCAAUGCUGGGUGUCAUCAUGAUCGCUCGGUUACAUGCCAUGUACCAACGAUCCACAAGGAUCCUGAUAUUUCUCGUCGUCGUGUGCUUGGCUGUCAAUAUUGUCGACGUAGCGGUCACUGGAAUGGCAAUGAGGCACACUUCAGGGGAGGAAUUCAUUCUCUCUGGCACCUAUGCGUGCACUACUGGCUUUUCGGAUAAUUACUCACUUCUGGUAUCCAUGACUUGGAUACUCAGCACUGUCUGGGAGGUCCUCGCGCUGUGUCUCGCAGUCUGGAUUGCUGCAAAACACUUCCGUGAACUGCGACAACAUUCGGCAGGAAGGAUUGUCGGCGACUGUUUCACGGUGUUGAUCAAAUCCCACAUGCUUUACUUUGCGAGCUUUGUUGCCGUGUCUUGCUUCAACCUCGUAUAUUUUUUGUCUCCAACGAUCUCAGCAGACCAAAAUUCCUUGGAAAAUCAGAUUUUGCUUGGUUUUCUUCAGAUUUUGACAGCCAUACAGUCCUUUGUGCUGGGACCACGCCUCAUCCUUAGCGUUCGAGAAUAUAACGCUCGGCUCGUGGCUGACUCUGAUGCAGCAACAGCCAUGACCUCAAUCGCUUUCCAGGAGCGCGUGCAUAUAUCGACUGGCAGUGACGUGUAG